CCAGCAAUAGGAAACGGAAAGCUCUUGGUCCGUGUUUUAUUUUUUUUUCUCACAGAUUGCGCGUGACAUAAUAUGCGCGCUAGUCAAUUUUUGCCAAACUUGUCAACACCCUAAGCUGCACGCAUUCAUUCGUCAUUCUUGUCUUGAUCAUGGUGGCACUUCCUUCUGAAUGGCAAAUUCUUGGACCAUUUCCUAUUGGCACGCGCGAGCAAGAGUUCGGUGCCGAUCCUCUCGAAGCCUACGGGGGAUUUGCGUCUCUGGAAUACUCCACGUCAAAUAAGUAUCCUUCAGAGCUGGCUACGGAUGGCUAUGUAGGAUGGAUGACAGUUCGCGCGGAGGAUGGAAAGAUAGGACCGCUUGAAUUCCCGAAUAUUCGGUGCGAAAUGAAUGGUGUUGAAAUGAAUGGUGUUCCAUUUGGUUGGUCUAUCGAGCAGUAUCAAUGCUGGAUUCGAGGCUACGUUGAUGUAGCUGAGCGGGCGAAAUUUGAAAUUCAAGUACAAGGUAGCUCGGAAUUCUACAUUGACCGUGCCAGAUAUCACGGAGAUGCGUAUUCGAUUGGUACCACGCAGCAUAUCGCUACAUUGGAUAAAGGCCGCCAUACCAUUGAAAUUCGUUUGGUCCACGAUGUUCGCAUAUAUGGAGGAGGAGUUGCUCCUCCGCAGUGUCAAUGCACUGUCCAUUUACAGCAACUGAACGAGACGAAUCCCGUGCGGAUCCCGCAAGAUGUACUUUUACCAUCGUUAUUAUCUGGCAAAGGAUUUGCAGGCAGCUUUGGAAGGGUGUCCGUUCAAAAUUUGUCGGAUACUCUCGUGCGAGUGACAUCCAUUCAGAUAAAAAUAUUUUCGAACGAUUCAAAAGAGCUCAAGUCUUCCUCUCACAUGCUGUCAAGCGACCCAAUUCCCAUUUAUUCUGGACAAACUCGUCCCGUGGGAAUCGAAUUUUCGGUGGAUUCUAGCAUUGCAAAGCUAGAUUCUGUGCGCGUGCAAGUACAUUGUAUGAUCGAAGGUAAUCAAACAGAGGAGAUCCAGAAAGACUUGACGGUCUUGGGCAUCGACUGGAAUGAAGAGGCAUUUGCAUAUACGUUCAUCGACUACGAUGGGACCGUUCACUAUGCCAUGGCGAAGAAACCUCAAGUUUUAGACGCAAAUCCGGAUAAGCCGGUGAUACUUGCAUUGCAUGGUUCAGGGUUGGAAGCCAGCACCCGCUUCUGGACUGAUUCUUUGCCUGUGCAGAAAUCGUCAUGGAUCAUCUUCCCAACAGGACGAACAUCAUGGGGAUUUGAUUGGCACGGUCCUAGCACCAAGAACGCUUUCGCGGCGUUACAGUCGAUUGCCGGACAAAAUGAGCAUCGCUGGCGUCAGAUUACCACUGGCUGGGAUAUGGCAGCAGCCUUGAAGACAGCAGAAGAGUCAAGCUGGACUAUAGGAAACGUGAAACAGGUUCUAUAUAUAGGUCACAGCAACGGCGGCCAAGGAGCCUGGUAUAUUGCAACGCAUUUUCCCGAUACAGCUAUUGCAGUGGUCGCUGCUUCAGGUUACAUUAAAAUCCAGGACUAUGUGUCCUAUGCCAAUUGGGUGAGCAAUGCCCAUGUAGAUCCUUACACGAAAGGCAUUAUGGAAAUGUCCAUUGCCGAAUACAAUAACGAUCUUCACAUCCCCAACAUGAAAGGGAUUCCCAUCUUACCGCAUACCGGUGCCGACGAUGACAACGUGCCGCCCCUCCACAGCCGAAAACUGAUGCGAUUGCUCAACGAAAAUACUCACGAUCCAGAUUUAGUCAAAACGUCUAUUGUUCCUGGUGAGAAGCAUUGGUGGGAUGGUGUGCUAAGAAAUGAUACCGUCCAGGAAUUUAUUCAUCGACAACUGGAGUCGUCGAAAGCACCGGUAUCGGGACGUUACUUCUCAGUCGUGACAACGAAUCCUGCAGGAAUUGGUUCAGUCAAGGGCAUACAGAUUGAGCAAUUGGUGAUACCGUAUCGAUUGAGCAAAAUUCACGUCUUUCAGCAUACAUCCGAAGGCAACCUCUGCCAAUUUCAAACAUUGAAUGUUUCUGCUUUCACACUCACAGAGUAUUGUACUCUUGACCUACGUAAUGGAUUUAUGAUUGAUGGAACGUCCUUUACGGGCAUAGAAAAACCGAGAGGUUUAUUCGUAAGGAACAAGAUAACCGGCGAAUGGAGAAAUAUUCCAGAUCGUGAAACUUGGCCAGUUCCAAAUGAAAGAAGCAGAUGGCUGUAUGGAUCGUUGCAUCGCAUGUAUGAUGGUACACAUCCACUGAGGGUUGUGUUACCUACGAUGCUUGACUCGACGGAUGAGAAGGCACAAUUUCAACACGCGGCUUUGCAAAUAGCCCAUGACUGGUUCCUCUACGGCGUUGGUGAUUCAGAAAUUGUGGAAGAUCACGCAGUGCUCGAGCGAACAGAACUAUCGCGAAACGACUUUGUCGUCACUGUCUAUCUCGGUCGACCGAAGCAAAACCAGGCAUUGACUCGCUUAACAUCUAAGCGAACCAAUGAAAUUGGUUUUGGAGAAGAUCCACCAAGUAUCCAGAUCGAUGAUCAACGUUACUCUGCAAAAGGGACUGGCGUACUGUUCUUGCGACCCGGGUUCCAUUCACAGGAACUAGCCAUCGUCGUCGCUGGUGUUGAUGCCGACGGUUUCAAUGCUGCUUUACGCUUGUUGCCUAAACAGGCCGGUAUGAUGGUUCCCGAAUGGGCUGUCAUUGGACCUGAAGCCAAGUUUAAGGGAUUAGGCGGGUUCCUUGAAGCUGGCUAUUUCGACAAUAAUUGGCGUAUCCUUCGGCAUUAGUCCUCUUCCGUGCGUCACCUACAAAACUAUUAGGGAAAAGUUUAAUAGCAAAUAAAUUGCUUACGAAUGAAAUAAAAAACCAGACAUUGCAUUCUGGUACCAUAGCCCAACAGCGAACGUAAUCGAAUGAAAACAAAAAAGAUUCCUUUGUGCCAGAUUAAGCUUUGGGGUUAUUGCCAACCAAGCUGCAGUUAGACAAUGGCUGAAUGAUACAAUACAGCAUUCCAAAACCCACAGAGCGCAGUUUGAUUGUGAUAGUCCCAUUGGUCAAUGGGGUCAAUCCAUUGUCAGUGUAAUGCCUGAAUCCACUUCAAGAUAUAAUUUAAAGGAAACUCUUUUAAACAUGUGUUGUGCUAUAGCUCGUAUAACACGGCAUUAAGAAGUAUACCAUAGCGACGCUAUCGCAAAAAAGCCAAAGGAGGUAGGUCUCGCUUGGAUAGCUGCAUAUAAGAGCGACCGGAUAUAAGAAUAUCCCGUGUUUUAUCAGAG